AUGGAGGAGAAGUCGUUCUCCUUCUGCUACUCCACCCAGCUAGACAUACCAGUGUAUCUGAGAGUAGCAUCGCUUGAAGGGCAGUCGAAGCAGCUGCCGUACUCACAGUUACACGCCAAUCCGGAGCUGAAGUAUGUCGGCUCUAAUACUAAUUCGGUGUCGGAGCUUUAUGCGACGGUGCAACUAUUCGCGGAGAGUAAGCCUUUGACGGUACCGAUACGAACGUCAUACAAACCUUUCAAGAUACGGCGGCUAUGGAACGAGUGGAUUACACUGCCCAUCAAGUACUCCGAUCUUCCACGCACGUCCGUGCUGGCGGUGACGUUAUGGGACUACUCUGCGGAUAUUCAGCAUGUGCCUUUUGGUGGAGCAACUUUACCGCUGUUUGAGGAUGAUGGUACCUUGAGGAAAGGACGGCAGAAGCUGAAGAUACAUCUGGGGAAGGAAGCGGAUGGAUCGGCAUAUACGUCAACACCUCAUACCCCGGAUGCGUCUGAUGAGCUGGACCGUCUAGAGAAGCUCAUUAAGAUGCAAGACGCCGCCGAAAUUCCUCAGAUUGGUUGGAUGGACGCCCUUGCCUUCCAGCACCUCGAACGUCUAAAUCGCGCAAACACUAAAGACAACGUCCGGCAUCUUUACCUCGAGUUCCCCAUCUUCGACUUUCCGAUUGUUCACCACUCGUACACUUACCCCUCGAUAACCGACUCCAUGCCCGCCCCUGUCCCACUUCCCUACCAGAAUCAGAUGACAGCAAAGGAUGACAGACGAUUUGUCACAGUCUUUGAUCCGGAAAUGAUGAGGGAGAAUCCUAUCGAGGUUAAACACCGACGGUUAACCCGAAGUCAUCGGAAUGGACCAAUGGACCGCGACAUGAAACCCGACGCAAAGACGCGUGACGAGUUAAACGAAAUCAUCAAGCUUCCCAGCAGUCAAGAACUCUCCGGCGACGAAAAAGACCUGUUAUGGAAGUUUAGGUAUUUCUUGACGAGGGAUAAGAGAGCGUUGACGAAAUUUGUGAAGAGUGUUACGUGGAGUGAUUCAACGGAGGCACGGCAGGCUGCGGAGUUGUUGCCGAGGUGGUCGAGUAUUGAUGUUGAUGAUGCGCUGGAGCUUCUUGGGCCGUCGUUUACGAAUGUGGCGGUGAGGUCGUAUGCUGUUCAACGGUUGCAGAAGUCAGAUGAUGAGGAGAUCUUGCUGUAUCUACUACAGCUCGUGCAAGCUCUGAAGUUUGAGAACAUCCCGGUGGACGCCAAAGAUAAAGAUGGCAAGGGGGAGCAGGCUUCCAGUUUAGCGGAUUUCUUGGUGGGAAGGGCGGUGGAAAAUGAGAUUCUGGGAAUUCAUUUUCAUUGGUAUUUGAUGGUUGAGUGUGAGGAUCGGAGUAAAGGGAGGUUGUUUGCGAAGGUUGCGCAUCAGUUCAUGACGACACUGGUCAAGCGCCCCGACGGCAAAGAACGGCGAAGCGUGUUGAAGCGACAAGCAGGUCUCGUAGCCGAUCUGGCACAGCUAUCACAAUCAUUGCGGUCUUCGAAGGAUGGACGACCGAAGAAGAUCGAGAAGUUGAGGCAUUAUUUGGCGGAUCCGAAGCAUGGUAUGGCGCAGUUUGAGCCGUUGCCGUUACCUCUGAAUCCCAGCUUGUCGAUUGUGGGGAUCGUUCCGGACACAGCGACUAUCUUCAAGAGUAGCAUGCUACCACUCAGAUUGGAUUUCAAAUGCGAUGAUGGAUCGACGUAUCCGGUUAUCUUCAAGACCGGUGAUGACCUACGACAGGAUCAACUCGUCGUUCAGAUCAUCCGCCUCAUGGAUCGCCUACUACUAAAGGAGAAUCUGGACCUAAAGCUCACGCCAUACCGCGUAUUGGCGACAGGACCGACCCACGGUGCGAUGCAAUUCGUGCCGAGUAUGCCUAUUGCGACGGCGUUGGUGGAGUUUAACGGGAGUGUACUUGCGUAUAUGAAGAAGAAUAAUCCGGAUCCAGGGGCGAGGUUUGGGGUGAAGGCGGAGGCGAUGGAUACGUAUGUCAAGAGUUGUGCUGGGUAUUGUGUCAUUACGUAUCUCCUGGGUGUUGGGGACCGACACCUGGAUAAUCUCCUCAUCAGUCCCGACGGGCACUUCUUCCAUAUCGAUUUCGGGUUCAUAUUAGGUCGGGAUCCCAAACCUUUCCCGCCCGCCAUGAAGCUCUGCAAAGAAAUGGUCGAAGGCAUGGGCGGCGCACAAUCCGAAUACUACAAACAAUUCAAGAGCUACUGCUACACCGCCUUCACAACCCUCCGAAAACAAGCAAACCUCAUCCUGAACCUCUUUGCGCUCAUGGUCGACGCAAAUAUCCCGGACAUCAAGAUCGAGCCUGAUAAAGCCGUCACGAAGGUCAAGGAUAAGUUCUGUUUGGAGAUGAGUGAGGAGGAAGCGAUUAACUUUUUUGAGACGUUGAUUAAUGAUAGUGUUAAUGCGCUGUUUCCGCAGGUUAUUGAUAGGUUGCAUACGAUGACGCAGUAUUGGAGGUCGUGA